GGGCGGGAGACCGCCAUGGCGACCCUGGAGAAGCUGAUGAAGGCCUUCGAGUCCCUCAAGUCCUUCCAGCAGCAGCAACAGCAGCAGCCGCCGCCGCCGCCGCCGCCACCUCAGCCCCCUCAGCCGCCGCCGCCGCCGCCUCAGGCUCAGCCGCCGCUGCCGCCGCAGCCGCCGCCGCCGCCCCCGCUGCCGCCGCCGCCGCCGGGCUCGGCCGUGGCCGAGGAGCCGCCGCACCGACCAAAGAAAGAACUCUCAGCCACCAAGAAAGACCGUGUGAAUCAUUGUCUGACAAUAUGUGAAAACAUAGUGGCUCAGUCUCUCAGAAAUUCUCCAGAGUUUCAGAAGCUCUUGGGCAUCGCCAUGGAACUGUUCCUGCUGUGCAGUGACGAUGCCGAGUCAGACGUCAGGAUGGUGGCUGAUGAGUGCCUCAACAAAGUCAUAAAAGCGCUGAUGGACUCAAACCUUCCGAGGCUGCAGUUAGAGCUCUACAAGGAGAUCAAGAAGAAUGGUGCUCCUCGGAGCCUGCGUGCUGCCCUGUGGAGAUUUGCCGAGCUGGCUCACCUGGUUCGGCCUCAGAAAUGCAGGCCAUAUUUCGUAAACCUUUUGCCUUGCCUGACUCGGACAAGCAAGAGACCUGAAGAGUCUGUUCAGGAGACCUUGGCUGCAGCUAUACCCAAAAUUAUGGCUUCAUUUGGCAAUUUUGCAAACGACAAUGAAAUUAAGGUUCUGUUGAAGGCUUUCAUAGCGAACCUGAAGUCAAGCUCCCCGACGGCUCGGCGGACGGCGGCCAGCUCUGCGGUGAGCAUCUGUCAGCACUCCCGGAGGACACAGCACUUUUACAGCUGGCUGCUGAAUGUGCUCUUAGGUUUGCUGGUUCCUGUCGAGGAUGAGCACCCCUCCCUCCUGAUUCUUGGAGUGCUGCUCGCACUGCGGUACUUGGUGCCAUUGCUGCAGCAGCAGGUCAAGGACACCAGCCUGAAAGGCAGCUUUGGGGUGACACGGAAAGAAAUGGAAAUCUCCCCCUCGACAGAGCAGCUGGUGCAGGUGUACGAACUGACCUUGCACUACGCGCAGCACCCAGACCACAAUGUGGUGACCGGGGCCCUGGAGCUCCUGCAGCAGCUCCUCAGGACCCCACCCCCUGAGCUCCUGCGGGCCCUCACCACGCCGGGUGGCCUGGCGCAGCUCAGCACUCCCAGCCUGGAGCCGGAUGGCCGAAGUCGCAGCGGGAGCAUUGUGGAGCUGAUAGCUGGAGGGGGUUCUUCAUGCAGCCCUGUCCUUUCAAGAAAACAAAAAGGGAAAGUGCUCUUUGGAGAAGCAUCAGCCUUGGAGGAUGACUCUGAGUCAAGGUCGGAGGGCAGCAGCCCAGCCUUUGCAGCCUCAGUCAAGGGCGAGAUCUGUGGGGAGCUGGCUGCUUCUUCCGGGGUCUCCACUCCUGGUUCUGCCAGCUCUGCUGCUGACUCCACGGGUCACGACAUCAUCACGGAGCAGCCCCGGUCACAGCACACCCUGCAGCCGGACUCGGGGGAUCUGACCGGUUGCGACCUGACGAGCACUGCCACCGAUGGGGAUGAGGAGGAUAUCUUAAGCCACAGCUCCAGCCAGAUCAGCGCUGUCCCCUCUGACCCUGCCACGGACCUGAAUGAUGGGACCCAGGCCUCCUCACCCAUCAGUGACAGCUCUCAGACCACCACCGAAGGGCCAGAUUCAGCUGUGACCCCUUCAGACAGUUCUGAAAUUGUGUUGGAUGGCACCGAAGGCCAGUGUUCUGGGAUGCAGCUCAGCCCACCGCAGGAUGAGGAGGAAGAGCCCCCGGGCCUCCUGCCCGAUGAGGACACCGAUGAGUUCACAGCUGCUUCAGUGGCCCUUCAGCAAGUACAAUUAUUGAAAAGCAUGGGCCACAGCAGGCAGCCCUCUGACAGCAGUGUGGAUAAGUUUAUGUCAAGAGAAGAAGCUGCUGACCCAGGAGAUCAGGAAAACAAGCCUUGCCGGAUCAAAGGUGACAUCGGACAGUCUAACGACGAUGAUUCUGCUCCCCUUGUCCAUUGUGUCCGCCUUUUAUCUGCUUCAUUUUUGCUAACGGGGGGGAAAAAUGCGCUGGUUCUGGACCGGGAUGUGCGGGUCAGCGUGAAGGCACUGGCGCUCAGCUGUGUGGGAGCUGCUGUGGCCCUUCAUCCUGAGUCUUUCUUCAGCAAGCUGUACAAAGUUCCUCUCGACCCCACGGAAUACCCUGAGGAGCAGUAUGUCUCAGACGUCUUGAACUACAUCCGUCACGGAGACCCACAGGUGCGGGGAGCCACAGCCAUUCUCUGCGGGACGCUCAUCUGCUCCAUCCUCAGCAGGUCUCGCUUCCAGGUGGGGCACUGGAUGGGCUCUGUUCGAGCUCGGACAGGAAACACAUUUUCUCUGGCGGACUGCGUUCCUUUGCUGCAAAAAACGUUGAAGGAUGAAUCGUCUGUUACGUGCAAAUUGGCGUGUUCAGCUGUGCGGCACUGCAUCAUGAGCCUCUGUAGCAGUAGCUACAGUUACCUGGGGUUGCAGCUGAUCACCGACGUGCUGAGCCUGAGGAGCAGCUCCUACUGGCUGGUGAGGACUGAAUUGCUGGAGACUCUUGCAGAGAUGGACUUUAGGUUGGUGAGCUUUUUGGAAGCAAAAGCAGAACACCUUCCCAGAGGGGCUCACCAUUACACAGGGCUUUUGAAACUGCAAGAACGGGUGCUCAAUAAUGUGGUCAUCUACUUGCUUGGGGAUGAAGACCCUCGGGUGCGACAUGUUGCUGCUGCUUCAUUAAUGAGGCUUGUCCCAAAGCUGUUUUAUAAAUGUGACCAAGGACAGGCUGAUCCAGUAGUGGCUGUGGCAAGAGACCAAAGCAGUGUUUACCUGAAACUUCUGAUGCACGAGACACAGCCGGCUUCUCACUUCUCCGUCAGCACCAUCACCAGAAUAUAUAGAGGCUAUAACUUACUACCAAGCAUAACAGAUGUCACCAUGGAAAAUAACCUCUCCAGGGUUAUUGCGGCCGUGUCUCACCAGCUGGUCACAUCAGCCACGCGAGCACUCACGUUUGGGUGCUGUGAAGCUUUGUGUCUUCUUUCAACUGCCUUUCCAGUUUGCACUUGGAGUUUAGGUUGGCACUGUGGAGUGCCCCCGCUGAGCGUCUUGGACGAGUCCAGGAAGAGCUGCACUGUCGGGAUGGCCACGAUGGUCCUCACUCUGCUCUCCUCAGCUUGGUUCCCGUUGGAUCUCUCAGCCCAUCAGGAUGCUUUGAUUUUGGCUGGAAACUUGCUUGCAGCCAGUGCCCCCAAGUCUCUGAGGAGUUCAUGGACUGCUGAGGAAGAGGCCAGCCCCGCAGCCACCAAGCAGGAAGAGGUGUGGCCAGCUCUGGGGGACCGGACCCUGGUGCCUAUGGUGGAGCAGCUCUUCUCCCACCUGCUGAAGGUGAUCAAUAUCUGUGCCCACGUGUUGGAUGAGGUGGCGCCUGGACCCACAGUGAAGGCAGCCUUGCCAUCCCUCACAAAUCCCCCUUCUCUAAGUCCCAUCCGACGAAAGGGAAAGGAGAAGGAACCUGCUGAGCAGGCGUCUGUGCCGCUGAGCCCCAGGAAAGGCAGUGAUGCCAGUCCAGCCUCUCGACAAUCCGAUGCCUCGGGACCUGUUGCAGUGAAUAAAUCCUCAUCACUGGGGAGUUUCUACCACCUUCCUUCAUACCUCAAAUUGCACGAUGUCCUGAAAGCUACUCACGCUAACUACAAGGUCACCUUGGAUCUUCAGAGCAGCACAGAAAAGUUUGGGGGGUUUCUGCGCUCUGCCUUGGACGUGCUUUCUCAGAUUCUAGAGUUGGCAACGCUGCAGGACAUCGGGAAGUGUGUUGAGGAGAUCCUAGGCUACCUGAAGUCCUGCUUCAGUCGGGAACCAAUGAUGGCGACUGUUUGUGUCCAGCAGCUGCUGAAGACUCUCUUCGGGACGAACUUGGCCUCCCAGUUUGAUGGCUUAUCGUCCAACCCCAGCAAGUCUCAAGGCCGAGCUCAGCGCCUUGGCUCGUCCAGCAUGCGGCCAGGCCUGUACCACUACUGCUUCAUGGCUCCGUACACCCACUUCACCCAGGCCCUGGCGGAUGCCAGCCUGCGGAAUAUGGUGCAGGCGGAGCAGGACCACGACACCUCGGGGUGGUUUGAUGUGCUCCAGAAAGUGUCCACCCAGCUGAAGACAAAUCUCACGAGCGUCACCAAGAACCGUGCAGACAAGAACGCCAUCCACAGUCACAUCCGCCUGUUCGAGCCUCUGGUCAUCAAGGCGCUGAAGCAGUACACGGCGACCACAUCUGUGUGGGUGCAGAGGCAGGUCUUGGACUUGUUGGCUCAGCUGGUCCAGCUACGGGUCAACUACUGUCUUCUGGACUCAGAUCAGGUGUUUAUUGGGUUUGUGCUGAAGCAAUUUGAAUACAUUGAAGUGGGCCAGUUCAGGGAAUCAGAGGCAAUUAUUCCAAACAUUUUUUUCUUCCUGGUACUUCUGUCCUAUGAACGCUAUCAUUCAAAACAGAUCAUUGGAAUUCCUAAAAUCAUUCAGCUCUGUGAUGGCAUUAUGGCCAGUGGGAGGAAGGCUGUGACACAUGCCAUUCCAGCUCUGCAACCCAUAGUUCACGACCUCUUCGUAUUACGAGGAGCCAAUAAAGCUGACGCGGGAAAGGAGCUGGAAACUCAAAAAGAGGUGGUGGUGUCCAUGCUGCUGAGACUCAUCCAGUACCAUCAGGUGCUGGAGAUGUUCAUCCUCGUCCUGCAGCAGUGCCACAAGGAGAGCGAAGACAAGUGGAAGCGGCUGUCCCGACAGGUCGCUGACGUCAUCCUCCCAAUGCUAGCCAAACAGCAGAUGCAUAUUGGUUCUCAUGAAGCCCUCGGCGUGUUGAACACUGUGUUUGAGACUCUGGCCCCUUCCUCUCUCCGGCCUGUGGACAUGCUUUUGCGGAGCAUGUUUGUCACUCCAGACACAAUGGCAUCUGUGAGCACUGUCCAGCUCUGGAUCUCAGGAAUCCUGGCCAUUUUGAGGGUUCUGAUCUCCCAGUCAACUGAAGAUAUUGUUCUUUCUCGUAUUCAAGAGCUGUCCUUCUCUCCAUAUUUAAUCUCAUGUCCGAUAAUUAAUAGGUUAAGAAAUGGGGACUGUAAUUCAGCACCAGAACAAAACAGUGAAGGGAGACAGAUGAAGAAUUUGCCAGAAGAAACAUUCUCAAGGUUUCUCCUGCAGCUGGUCGGCAUCCUUUCAGAGGACAUCGUGACGAAGCAGCUGGGCGUUGAAGUGAGCGAGCAGCAGCACGCUUUCUACUGCCAGGAGCUGGGCACGCUCCUCAUGUGUCUGAUCCACAUCUUCAAGUCGGGGAUGUUCCGGAGAAUCACAGCAGCUGCCUCUAGACUCUUCACAGCAGACAGCAUCGAAGGCAGUUUCUACAGCCUGGAGAGCUUGAACGCCCGGGUGCGCUCCAUGGUCCCCACACACCCGGCCCUCGUGCUGCUCUGGUGUCAGAUCCUGCUGCUCGUCAGCCACACCGACUACCGCUGGUGGGCCGAGGUGCAGCAGACCCCCAGGAGACGCAGUCUGUCCAGCACGAAGUCCCUGAGUCCUCAGAUGUCUGGAGAGGAGGAGGAUUCCGAUUUGGCACCCAGACUUGGCAUGUGCAACAGAGAAGUAGUCCGGCAAGGCGCUCUUAUUCUCUUCUGCGAUUAUGUCUGUCAGAACCUACAUGAUUCCGAGCACUUGACGUGGCUCAUUGUGAACCACAUCCAAGAUCUGAUCAGUCUGUCCCAUGAGCCUCCUGUGCAGGAUUUCAUUAGUGCCGUUCAUCGGAAUCCCGCCGCCAGUGGCCUUUUCAUCCAGGCAAUUCAGUCUCGUUGUGAAAAUCUCUCAGCUCCCACCACCCUGAGGAAGACCCUUCAGUGCUUGGAAGGGAUCCACCUGAGCCAGUCAGGCGCCGUGCUAACACUGUAUGUGGACAAGCUUUUGUGUACUCCGUUCCGUGUGCUGGCUCGCAUGGUUGACACCCUUGCUUGUCGCCGAGUAGAAAUGCUUUUGGCUGCAGAUCUACAGAGCAGCAUGGCCCAGUUGCCAGUGGAGGAGCUGAGCAGAAUCCAGGAGCACCUUCAGAGCAGCGGCUUAGCUCACAGACACCAAAGGCUCUACUCCCUGCUGGACAGGCUUCGUCUCGCCACCGCACCAGGGUCACGUGGCCCCUCUCCUCUGGUCACGUCCCACCCGCUGGAUGGGGAUGGGCCCCUGGCUCUUGAGACAGUGAGUCCAGACAAAGAUUGGUACGUACGCCUGGUCAAAUCCCAGUGCUGGACGAGGUCCGACUCUGCACUGCUGGAGGGGGCUGAGCUGGUGAAUCGGGUCCCUCCCGAUGACAUGAGUGCACUCAUGCUGAACUCGGAGUUCAAUUUGAGCCUGUUAGCCCCAUGCUUAGGCUUGGGCAUGCGAGAAAUGUCCAGAGGCCAGAAGAGUCCCCUCUUUGAAGCAGCUCGUGUGGCAACUCUGGACCGUAUGACCAGCGUGGUUCAGCAGCUUCCUGCUGUCCAUCAAGUUUUCCAGCCCUCCCUGCCUACGGAGCCCACCGCUUACUGGAGCCAGUUGAACGAUCUGUUUGGGGAUGCCAUGUGGUAUCGCUCCCUGACCGUCCUGGCCCGAGCCCUGGCCCAGUACCUGCUGGUGUUCCCCAAACUGCCUGGCCGCCUGCACCUUCCUCCGGAGAAAGAGAGGGACACUGUGAAGUUUGUGGUCACAACUCUGGAGGCACUGGCAUGGCAUCUGACCCACGUGCAGAUCCCACUGAGCCUGGACCUGCAGGCCGGCCUGGACUGCUGCUGCCUGGCCCUGCAGCUGCCUGGUCCUUGGAGCGCGCUGUCCUCCCCAGACAUGGUGACCCAUGCCUGCUCCCUCAUCCACUGCGUCCGCUUCCUCCUGGAAGCCAUUGUGGUGCAGCCCGGGGACCAGCUUCUCAGUCCAGGAAGAAGGACGGACACCCCAAAGGCUGCCAGGGAGGACGGAGUAGAUUCAUACACGCAGAGCCCUGAGUAUAUUACUACAGCCUGCAGGAUGGUGGCAGAACUGGUGGAGUCUUUGCCGUCUGUGUUGGCCUUGGGGCAUAAAAGGAACAGCAACACCCCCGCAUUUCUCACGCCAGUGCUCAGGAACAUCGUGGUCAGUCUGGCCCGCUUACCCCUUGUCAACAGCUACACGCGUGUCCCCCCCCUGGUCUGGAAACUCGGGUGGUCCCCCAAGCCUGGAGGGGAUUUCGGCACAACCUUCCCCGAGAUCCCUGUGGAGUUCCUCCAGGAAAAGGAAGUCUUCAAAGAGUUCAUCUACCGUAUCAACACACUAGGGUGGACCAGCCGUACCCAGUUUGAGGAAACGUGGGCCACCCUCCUUGGUGUCCUGGUGACUCAGCCCCUCGUGACAGAGCAGGAGGAGAGCCCACCGGAGGAAGACACCGAGAGGACCCAGAUCAAUGUCCUGGCUGUACAGGCCAUCACCUCUCUUGUGCUGAGCGCAAUGACUGUGCCUGUGGCUGGCAACCCAGCUGUCAGCUGCUUGGAGCAGCAGCCUCGAAAUAAGCCCCUGAAAGCUCUCGACACCAGGUUUGGGAGGAAAUUGAGCCUGAUCAGAGGGAUUGUAGAGCAGGAAAUUCAAGCAAUGGUUUCGAAGAGAGAGAAUAUCGCCACCCAUCACCUAUACCAAGCAUGGGACCCCGUCCCUUCUCUGUCUCCAGCUUCUACAGGUGCCCUCAUCAGCCACGACAAGCUUCUGCUGCAGACCAACCCUGAGCGGGAGCUGGGCAGCAUGAGCUACAAACUUGGCCAGGUGUCCAUCCACUCGGUGUGGCUGGGGAAUAACAUCACACCCCUGAGAGAGGAGGAGUGGGACGAAGAGGAGGAGGAGGAGGCUGAUGUCCCCGCACCUUCGUCUCCACCCACAUCUCCAGUCAACUCCAGGAAACACCGGGCUGGCGUUGACAUCCACUCCUGUUCGCAGUUCCUACUUGAACUGUACAGACGCUGGAUCCUGCCCUCGAGUUCGGCCCGGAGGACUCCCGUCAUCCUGAUCAGCGAAGUGGUUCGCUCUCUCCUCGUGGUCUCGGACUUGUUCACUGAGCGCAACCAGUUUGAGAUGAUGUAUCAGACGCUGACUGAGCUGCGGAGGGUGCACCCUUCAGAAGAUGAGAUUCUCCUUCAGUACCUGGUGCCUGCCACCUGUAAGGCAGCUGCCGUCCUUGGAAUGGACAAGGCUGUGGCCGAACCGGUCAGCCGGUUGUUGGAGAGCACGCUCAGGAGCAGCCACCUGCCCAGCAAGAUCGGGGCCCUGCACGGCAUCCUCUACGUGCUGGAGUGUGACCUCCUGGACGACACUGCGAAGCAGCUCAUCCCUGUCAUCAGCGACUAUCUCCUCUCCAACCUCAAAGGCAUAGCCCACUGUGUGGGCGCUCACAGCCAGCAGCACGUGCUGGUGAUGUGCGCCACUGCCUUCUACCUGAUCGAGAACUACCCUCUGGACGUGGGGACGGACUUCUCCGCGUCCAUCAUACAGAUGUGUGGGGUGAUGCUGUCUGGAAGUGAAGAGUCCACUCCAUCCACCAUCUACCACUGCGUCCUGCGGGGCCUGGAGCGCCUCCUGCUGUCCGAGCAGCUUUCCCGGCUGGAUGCUGAGUCCCUGGUCAAGCUCAGUGUGGACAGAGUGAAUGUGCACAGCCCUCACCGGGCCAUGGCGGCCCUGGGCCUGAUGCUCACCUGCAUGUACACAGGAAAGGAGAAAACCAGUCCUGGGAGAACCUCCGACCCCAGCCCUGCUGCCCCUGACAGCGAGUCCGUGAUCGUGGCCAUGGAGCGUGUGUCUGUUCUGUUCGACAGGGUCAGGAAAGGGUUUCCCUGUGAAGCCCGAGUUGUGGCGAGGAUCCUUCCUCAGUUUUUAGACGACUUCUUCCCACCCCAAGAUGUCAUGAACAAAGUCAUUGGAGAGUUUCUGUCCAACCAGCAGCCCUACCCGCAGUUCAUGGCCACUGUGGUGUACAAGGUGUUCCAGACCUUGCACAGCACGGGGCAGUCAUCCAUGGUCCGUGACUGGGUCAUGCUGUCCCUCUCCAACUUCACGCAGAGGACACCGGUUGCCAUGGCCAUGUGGAGCCUCUCCUGCUUCUUCGUCAGUGCGUCCACCAGCCCAUGGGUCUCUGCAAUCCUUCCCCACGUCAUCAGCAGGAUGGGCAAGCUGGAACAAGUGGACGUUAACCUCUUCUGCCUGGUGGCCACGGACUUUUACAGACACCAGAUAGAGGAGGAGCUGGACCGCCGGGCCUUUCAGUCCGUGUUUGAGGUGGUGGCAGCACCAGGAAACCCGUACCAGCGGCUGCUGGCUUGUUUGCAAACCGUCCACAAGGUCGCCACGUGCUGAGCACCUGGGGCAGCGCCAGGCAGUGAGGGUCUGCCCCGCGGAAGUGCUUCUGCAGGGACUGCGCGCAGGGAGCGCUGCUAGAGGUGGGGCUGAGCCUGCGCCCCGCCGAGGGCUCGGGCAGCUGUGCUGCUGGCCCUUCGUGCAGCUAGUGUCGAUGCCAGUUAACCACGCGCACCUUCCUCCUAACGCCCAGCCCGGUCCUCGUGCCCAGGCUGUAGCUGCUCUUGCAUCUGGGACACCAGUCCUCUGCUCUGCGGGUUGGCCUAUAGCACCCUCUGCUGUCUCAGCGGCAGAAGGGGACGCUCCAGCGCGGCACAGGGAGCCUGGAGGUUGUGUCCUGCUCUCAGCAGGUGUGUGCGGUGGGUGGCGGGGAGCAAGAGGUCCAGCGUCCUACUUCCCUUUCUCUUCCUUCU